AUGUUAACCAAAGCAACAGGCUCGCGGACGAGCGAGGACGCGAAGAAGCACGCUCGCGAGAUCCUCGAGGCGGCAGGUGUCCAAUUCGACGCAGCUGAAGGCGCCGCCGCGGCGGAGCACGAGAAACGCGUCAUCGCUGGAUACAAGGCGGCUUUGCACAACCCGCGCGUGUCCGAGGAGGCGAAACAGCACGCGAAGGAGUACUUGAAGGAGCAUAACGUACGAUGA